GGCGCGGAGCGGAGGAGGAGGGCAGGAGGCGGUGCGCGGAGGAGGAGGAGACGCACCACGCCGCACGCCCCUCGUCUCGGCGCUCCGGCGGAAUCGGCGGAGGGGGGCAGGAGGCGGUGCGCGGAGGAGGAGGAGACGCACCACGCCGCGCGCCCCUCGUCUCGGCGCUCCGGCGGAAUCGGCGGAGGGGGCAGGAGGCGGUGCGCGGAGGAGGAGGAGACGCACCACGCCGCGCGCCCCUCGUCUCGGCGCUCCGGCGGAAUCGGCGGAGGGGGACAGGAGGCGGUGCGCGUAGGAGGAGUAGACGCACCACGCCGCGCGCUCCUCGUCUCGGCGCUCCGGCGGAAUCGGCGGACGAAAUGGACAAUGAAAUCGUGAGAAAGCUUGAGAAGCUCCGUUCAAUAUGCCUGGUACUUGGGGAAGACUUUCAAGAACUAGUUGAGAAACAAAUCGGUUUGCUCCCAGAGGAUGAUGACUACUCAAAGAAACUUGACUUGGCGGUAGAGAAAAUGUCCUUUUGGAAGACUUUCAAGAUAUCACAGUCUAGAGAUUUAGCUGACCGCAUUAUUGAGUAUUGGGACUUGCUCUGCAUUCCUCUUCAUGAGCGAAAAGGGUUUACAUAUCUUCUAUGUUGGAUGAAUGGUGUGUCAGAUGAUUUAGUGAAUGAUCCAAAUCAACUUUCUUCCGCUGCCAUUGGACAAAUGACCGCAGAACUUGGGAGGGUAGAGGAUAUUUGCUGGGUUAGGAUAUCGGAGAAGAUGCGAGUGCUGGAAAAAUACAAAAAACUUGCCGGUUUGGAUGUUCCCAGUUCAGCAAGUCAGCCAUUGGGACAAGAUGAUGGCGAUGAACUGGAUGCCAUAAGUCGUCUUAGGAGCAUUAAAAGACAAAUCAAGGAUGCAAAGGGAAAGGUUUCAAGUAGAGUGGGCAUUACUACCAGGGCGGUUAUUGUGUUAAAUGCGGUUGAGGAGGUGAAAUGGUUCUGGGGUUGCAGCAACAGGGCCCAAGUUAUAAUGGAUGCAAACAGUCCGAUGAAUGAAAGGGCCAUAAAAGCUCAAAACUUAAGUCAGAAAAUUCUAGGAAUGCUAGAGGAGCUGGAGGUCCAGGUUUUGGACUGGUCAAAUACAGCACAGCGACCUUUUAUGUACGGGAAGGAGAACCUCAUCACCAUUAUCAAGAUUAAGACUACUGAGGUCAGGGCCAGUACGCCUGGGCGUCAAAGUCGAGAUCCUCAGGGGGCGGUGAAUCCGCAACUGCACCAGAGCACGUGUAAUCACGCUCCUGUAAAUCUGGAACAAGAUACUCAUGUUCGGGUAAAUCCACAACGGCAACAGGUUGAGGCACAAGCUGAGGGUAAUCCAACUGAAGGCCUGAUCAUUCAAGUCCCAAUGGAUAUGCAUGUUCCCAGGAGAGCCCGCACACCUCGAGUGCCUGCUGAGCCUCAACCAGCCGGACCUCUCCAUGCUCCUAUGGAACCUUCUCAACCAGCUGGACCUCCGCAUGUGCAUCCGCCCAACUUCACAUAUGAAGAAGAUAAUGAUGAUCCGAACGACCCAGAUUAUGCCCCGUAGAAGUAACAUUCGCUGUUCUAACUACUCACGAGAGUGUGGCUGACGAGAUAAACUACAGUUUGAGUACUUCGUUCUUGUGAUGUUGAUUCUCAUAUGACAUAUAGAUUUGAUUCAACUGCUAGAAAACGGUCGGUACCGGUGUUUUGAUCGCCAGGGACCGAAAUACACUCUUUUAGAAAACCUGGGAUCGUCACGUAUGGUAUCAUUUGCACACCUUUUAAGAAAAGUGGUAUU